CCCGCGGGGCCUGGCUGCCCCGCGACCGCGGGCUCGGGAGGAGGAGGGGGCGCGGCCGCCCCAGGCCACCCCCUCCGCGCCCGUCCCGGCGGCCUGGGUGCUCCCUGAGAGGCGGAGGAAGGCGGACGCGGUCUCAAUCUUGACCCAGACGUCGACAAGCACGUCGCCAGCCACGGGAAGUUCCUUAUAAAGCAGCCAACGCCGCGGCCCGGCCCGAGACGCACCACCUCCUCGGCGCGGCCUGCGGGGGGGAGUGCGUCCUGGACCGGCCCCCGCGGAGUCCCCCGCGCGCUCAAACCCCUGAGUCGCAGCCCGGCCCAACCCCGGGUCCUCGCGCCCACCUCGAUCCUCGGCUCCCGCCCGGGACACCGCGCGCGCCCACCCACGCCCCGGCCCCGCGCGCCCCUCCGGCCGCGGCGUCCCGGGAGCGCCCCCGCGCGGCCGGGCAUGAGCGCGCGCGGGAAUGGCCUCGGCGGUGUUUGAGGGCACGUCGCUGGUGAACAUGUUCGUGCGCGGCUGCUGGGUGAACGGUAUCCGUCGGCUCAUCAUCAACCGGCGCGGCGACGAGGAGGAGUUCUUCGAGAUCCGCACCGAGUGGUCGGACCGCAACGUACUCUACCUGCACCGCAGCUACGCCGACUUGGGCCGCCUGCUGCGGCGUCUCCGCGACUCCUUCCCCGAGGACCGGCCGGCGCUGACGCGCUCGCCUCUGCUGCCAGGACUCGUGGCCAUAAAGGAGGCUCACGAUAUAGAGACCAGGCUGAAUGAGGUGGAGAAGCUUCUGAAGGCAAUCAUCAGCAUGCCGUGUAAAUAUUCUAGGUCAGAAGUUGUGCUCACCUUCUUUGAAAGAUCUCCUCUGGAUCAAGUGUUAAAAAAUGAUAAUGUACAUAAAAUUCAACCCAGCUUUCAGAGUCCAGUCAAAAUAUCAGAAAUCAUGAGGUCCAAUGGAUUUUGUUUAGCAAACACAGAAACAAUAGUCAUUGACCACAACAUACCCAACGGAAAGGACAAACAUCUGGAUGUGGACGCCACGGAACAUCUGUUCGAGAACGGCAGCGAGUUUACCUCAGAGCUGGAGGACGGCGAAGACCCUGAGGCUUACGUCACCAACCUGUCUUAUUACCACCUGGUCCCCUUUGAGACGGACAUCUUGGACUGAGCCUCUCCUCGAGCUGCUCGCCACCUCAGUCCACUUCCUGCCGACUUUUCUGAUAUUCUCCGCGCUGGACUUCAAGUGCUGGAAGCUGGUCCUGCAGCCACACAUCCGAGAUGCUGCUUGCGGUGGCCCCUGAGUGGUGGGCCUGCUCUCUCCCAGCACCCCUGGGGUGUACGUGCCACUGGGGACCAGAGGCAAAGAGGGCAGAGCGUCUUGCAAGUGGAUGGCUUGUUAGCAGUGUCUAGAAAAGUCUCCAGCACCCAGGAUCCCACUGAAUCCUGAGGGGUCCUUUCUCUCUCCUCUGAGUACCCCCAGCCUGUUUCCUUGUUUCCAGGGGAUCUGCUACCCUUGCUGGGUUUGUGAGACAACAGCGAAUGCCUGUGGGAACAUCUACACUGCAAGAGCAGGGCUGCACCGGCUUUCCCCCUUCCUUCUCUUGUGAUCGCUUCCUUGGGAGGAGGGCUCCCCUUCGUCAAGUGACCUGGGGCCACCCGCCCUCCUCCCCAAUUCCUUCGUUCAGCAAACGCACAAAACAUUUCAAGUGAGAUUCUGACAAAUUGCCAAAUUCUGGGCGACAGCCAGGGGGUGUUAAGGGACCCGGGAUAUCCUUAGAACCUGGGUAUGUGGCUUUCAUUUUUGUUUUCCAUCUUUUAUCUGGAUACUGUGGGUUUUUUUGUGUUUGCCUAAAGGAUUGUUUGCAGAAGACUAAGAAACCCAUGGGGAAUACUGUCUACGGGGAGAGAGGAAAAUGACUGAUGAUGAGGUAGCCAUCUCAGCUCGGACUUUGAGAGGUUGUGGUUCUCUUCACGAGUGUGGACCAAAAAGAAAAGAACCCCUUCCUCGUCAGCCCUCCAGGUUGGGGAACCGAGCUCGGCAACACAGCCCAGCCUCGGAUGUUCACACCUGCUCUGUUUACCAAGCAUUUAAUGAAGCCACUGCCAUAAUCUGAAAGGGACGGAAUCCAGAAAAUAACUUACCAUCUCCCAUCGCCUACUGGGCAAGGCCUGGGUUCUGUGUGCUUACUUUCUCACAGCGUCUACUAAUGACCAACAUUUGCUAAUGUAAAUACUAGUAAAUUAUUGAGAAUCCUAAUUCUUUUACACAGUCUGUUUUUUAAUCUAUUUUAAUUAAAUAAAAUCUAUUACUCCACUCA